AUGCUCCGCUACACCUGCCGCCCCUCCUCCCUCCUCCUCUCCCUCCAACCAGUACUGGCAAGUUUCACAAGGACCACUGGCUUCUCCCAGAACGCUUCGUUUACCCAGUUCUUCUGUGUAGAGCCUCACCCGUCCUGCCCCGCUGCGCCGACAACCUUCGGCUCGCAACCAUCUCCAACUGCUAGCUGGCAUUGCGCGACCUGUGUUGCCACCAUUUCGAUUUCUCUACAGCCUUCAGUCUCUACAGCCUUCAUAUCGGGUUGGGCGACUUCUGCGUUCUGCUUGCGCAUCGUGAGGACGGACACCUCGCUAUCGAUCGAGAAUGCUCAGCUCACCCGGCAACUCAGUCUGCGCCGCCUAUCCAAAACCAUCAACUUAGGUUCUAGGUGCGCGCAUCGAUCAUUCGUUAUGGACCUUCCUCGACAAGCUUUGUGGCCGAUUGGGCUCCUGGAACCGGACCCACGUCCCUCCUUCCUCGUGCAGCUUCCAGCUUCGUCCGAUGCUAUCACCGAUGCGACUGUCGUCUACCAAAACCCAGCCUUGGCUUCCCGUGGUGAUCUGCCGAGCACCGUUGCGCUUCUCCCGGUACAACAUGGCGAACCAUUCUGGUCUUGGAUUAUCAACCCCGAGGUCGACGGUGCAGGCUCGCCCUCGUUUUCGUUCCGGGGCUCGAUCUGGACGAAGAUCGUGCUCCAGACCCGAUGGAUCAUCGUCGGCAGCAACGAAAUCCACCCACCAGAGGCGUCUGCCGUCCUUGGCGCCCCCUCCAUCUCCCGUGUUCAGUCAUCGCAAAUGCGCCUGGACGGCCUCGAUCAUCUCAACCGCCCCAUGACCAAAAGCCAGUUCACAGAAUCUGCGCCUACGAUGCCCGUCGCCAACCCACAUCUUGAACCUGAUAAGCCACGACCUGCUAGGGUGCUGAGUGAACCGAACCAAAAGGCUACCGAGAUAGCGCACGGCCAAGAGUCGUUCCUCGAGAUUGUAGAAGCUACGGACUGGGAUAGCACACCUCUUGGACCCAUGGACAGCUGGCCACCUCUCCUACAACAAACGUACAGCCAGAUGCUUUGUAACUCUCAACCGACGGCCAUAUACUGGGGGCGAAGACUUCACAACGGUCUACAAUGA